UGCUGUACCAGGAUUGCCGCAUGGUGCCCGUCACUGCCCCGUACGUGGCCGGGUUCUUGGCCUUCCGAGAGGUCCCUGUCCUGGUGGAAGCUGUCCAGAGACUUCAGCAGGAGGAGCCCCAGCUCCAGCCUCAGGUGCUUCUGGUAGAUGGGAAUGGCCUGCUCCAUCCCAGAGGAUUUGGCACAGCCUGUCACCUCGGAGUCCUGACGGACCUGCCGUGCAUUGGCGUGGCCAAGAACCUCCUGCAGGUGGAUGGCUUGGUCAGGGAUGAGCUGCACAGGGAGCAGGUUCGUUCCCUGCAGAGGUCAGGAGAGACAUUCCCACUGACAGGCACCUCAGGGAAGGUCCUGGGCAUGGCGCUGCGGAGCUACAACAACAGCUCCAAGCCGCUGUACGUGUCCGUGGGGCACCGUGUGAGCCUGGGCACGGCCGUGCGCCUCGUCAGGGCCUGCUGCCGCUUCCGCGUCCCGGAGCCCAUCCGCCAGGCUGACAUUAGGUCCAGGGAGUACCUUCGGAAGCUGCCCUGCGCUCCACAGGACGUGCUGGAGCCUGCCAGCCCAGAGAGCAGCAAAAAGGAGGCUGAAUUGGAGGAUUAGUCUGGUGCCAGAAGAAGGUGCAGAGCUGCUCUUCGCUGGGCCCUCUCCUGCACCAAAGCUGAGUGCUGCUGGGUGCAGGAGCCCAGUGCCACCCUGAGGGACAGCUGUGCCAGGCUGUGUCCCACAGGACAGCACCAGCCACUGCUCAGGGGCAAUCCUUGCAGCGAAUUUCUCAGGGUUCAUUUUCAAGUCCUGUUAAAGUCCUUGUGCAAGCAGAGGCUCACCUGUAAGUUUGCAGCACCUGGCUGGAGUCCUUGGGCUGCUGCAGGGGGUGAUUUACAGAGAUGCUGAGGUGUUCCCACUGCAGAGCCAGCCUGUGUCUCCCACCACACCUCUGGAACUGAGCCCUGCCUUCCCCCUGUCCCUGCAGCCUGGGCUCUCCUGUCCUCUGCACAUUCCCGGGGAGCAGCAGCCCUGUCCCAGCUGCAGCAGCCCUGUUCCAGCUGCAGCAGCCCUGUCCCAGCUGCAGCAGCCCUG